GGCCCGCCCGGGUAUCCCCCGCAGCAGCAACAGCAGCAGUAUAAUUACCCCCCUCAGAGCUACGGCAGCCCGCCACCACAGUAUCAGCAACAAAUGAAUCCUCACCAUCACCAUCACCAAGCGUCUUAUGGCGGCGGCGGCGGCGGCUACCCUGGUCAGGCCUACCGCCAACAACAACCACCUCCCAGCAAUCCUUACCCCUACGGUCAGCCGGCGCCCCAACAGUAUCAGGGAUCGCAACCGCCCCAGGGCGGCUAUAAUGGUGGUUAUGGUGCUCCCCAAUAUGGUGGUCAGCAGGGGUACUCGAACCAGUAUAACCAGGGCAGCCAGGGCAACGGACCUCCUCCUCCGCCAAGUGAGCCGGUGGCUUUCGGUCAUGGUGCGCCGCAAGGCUACAGCUUCCAGUACUCUCGUUGCACGGGCAAGAGAAAGGCCUUAUUGAUAGGAAUCAACUACUUCAACCAGAAAGGCCAACUCCGGGGGUGUAUCAACGAUGUUAAGAAUAUGUCAACAUACCUGAAUCAGAACUUUGGCUAUGCUCGUGAGGACAUGGUUCUGUUGACGGAUGAUCAGCAAAACCCUAUGAGCCAACCCACCAAGGUCAAUAUCCUCCGGGCUAUGCACUGGCUGGUGAAGGAUGCGCAGCCUAAUGACUCUCUAUUCUUCCACUACUCUGCAGGCCACGGCGGUCAGACCCCUGAUCUGGACGGCGACGAGGACGACGGAUACGAUGAGGUGAUCUACCCGGUCGACUUCCGCGCCGCGGGACAUAUUGUCGAUGACGAGAUGCAUCGCAUCAUGGUCAAACCACUUCAGCCAGGAGUGCGGCUCACAGCCAUCUUCGAUUCGUGCCAUUCUGGAUCUGCCUUGGAUCUGCCGUACAUAUACUCCACCCAAGGAAUUCUCAAGGAGCCCAACUUGGCUAAGGAGGCGGGUCAGGGUCUGCUGGGCGUGGUCUCGGCCUACGCGCGGGGCGAUAUGAGCAGCAUGAUGUCAACGGCAGUGGGGUUCUUGAAGAAGGCGACCAAGGGAGACGAGGCGUACGAGCGUACCAAACAGACCAAGACAAGCCCGGCAGACGUGAUCAUGUGGUCGGGCAGCAAAGACGAUCAGACUAGCCAGGACGCACAGAUUGCCGGACAAGCCACGGGAGCCAUGUCGUGGGCGUUCAUCAGCGCGCUCCGCAAGAACCCACAGCAGAGCUACGUACAGCUGUUGAACAGCAUCCGCGACGAGUUAGCUACCAAAUACUCGCAGAAGCCGCAGCUGAGCAGCAGCCAUCCCUUGGGUAAGCAGUGUCCUGUUGUUCCGGUAUAA